UUUUCAUCAGUAUUUAAUCUAAAAAUAUUAAGUAUCAUUGUAGUGAUGCCUUAUACAUCUGACAUUAGAUGUUAUUUUAAUAGAUAUUUAAAUCAGAAAAUAAUUUAUUCUUAAGAUAAUUUAAAAUUUUUAAUAUGGUUCAAAACAGUAAUUAGUUAAGUUAUUGUGUUUAAACUUUAAGUUGUUGGUACUAGAAGGAUGAUCAUUUGUAAGAAGGGGAUAACGAAAAUAACCACCAAACAUUGAUCUGAUAUAUGAUAUAACAUUGUUUAAAUGGCACUUUGGGGAUAUAAUUUUAAUAGGGAGGUAAAGUGGCAAAAAAACAGGAAAGGAUUUGGCAUUUUUUACAUAUCCGCAAUGUUUAUAUUUCCUUCCCUGAUUUACUACGUAUUAGGUAAUCCAGCCGUUAGUAAUUUCUAUUUGAAAAAUGUUAUGCCGGUUGAAUAUCCAAAAGAAAGCGAUCCCUCAAUAAUUUCAAAUAUAUACUACGGAAAUACCGACAAAGAAGAUUCGGUUAUCCAUAAAACAGGAUAGAAAUUAUUUAUUGUUUACACAUACUAAUACUAAAGUAAAAUUAAAAAUAUAGGCUACUAGUGCCUAUAUUUUUAUAUUACCCAAGAUUCCGAUACAUUUUUUAAAAUAUUUCUAGGACUCAUAUCUCUCCAGAUUUCACUCGAUCACAAAGUUUUAAAUUUUAUUAUAAUUUAUUAUAAUUCUUUU